AUGGACCUUCCAAAAGGGCUAGUGACCACCACCAGAAUCCCCUCCCACCUUGAAGAUCCCAAUGUGAUAGACGCCCUUGAUAUCGCACAUUUAUGGAAAGUCUAUCACACGAACCCCGCAGUCCACAAUAACGACUCAGGUCACCGCCUGGAGAACUUCUUCUGGAGAGUCUGGGGCAACGAGCGUCUGCGAUGUUCGUUGCAGGGAGAGGCGCUGGCCACGCUGUUUGUCAAUAUUGCUGAGUCGCAGGCACAGAAGUUCUCGUCUUCUUCUAGUGUUGUAAAGUCAAAGUCGUUGGAAAAGAUGUCCAGCGAACCUACAAUCUCCAAAGUCAACGUCCAACUCCCGCCAACACCACCGACUGAGGAGAACAAGUCAGACAGCACAACCAGAAAUUCGAAUGCAAGAUCGAAUUCAGAUCCAAUUUCAAAUACAAAUACAAAUACUCGCACUCCUCUCCCACCUAUCCUCAAAAAGCCAAAACCAGUAAACGGCAAUGAAUCUCCCCAGAAGAAAGCACGGCUACUCCUCACCGGAAUCGGUGGCCAACAUGUCACCCGCAAGCCAUCUAACCCUUUGACUCCAAUCUCGCCUCCGCCGUUUGCUGCUGCUGCGAAGGAAGAUCCAAAUGCCACUAUAACCACCACCACCACAACUGAUAAUGAUAUUACUGCUAUUACUGCUACUAACACUACCCACAACACGACUACUGCUGCGACUUUCAGGGCGCAGUACCAAUACCAGAAAAAGCCUUAUCUCGUCGCGAGCAAAGCAAGCAAGCGCAGGCCCGUGCUCGGGCGGCGCAAGUCCUCGCAGACUGCUAUUCCGAGAUAUGAAGCGAAAAGUGAUUAUUUCGGGCAGGGGGAUACAAAUGCAACUACACCUACAAAAACAAGCUCGAAGACAACAACUAAUACAACUGUUGGUUUCAGUCGGGAUGAGGAUGAUAACUUGAAGGAACAAAGGCCAGUUACUCCGGUUGAUGAGGAAGGGCCAAUUAAUUGCGAAAAGACAGCACAAAGAGAGUCCUCGGACACGGAAGCCCCUGCUUCUCUUGAUCAGGAGAACCAUCAAAGCAAGCAAGACGAGCGCACGGAGAGCCCUAAGGAAUCGCAACCGCCAGACGGCAAAUACGCCAACACAGAUGACCUCAAUCUCAAAAACCUCCCUCCAAACCUCGUCUCCAACCUCAAACUCCUCCUCGCCCAACAAAAACCAACCACAACCACCACCACCAGGCCCAACAACACCAAAUCACGCCCCAAACACAUCCCAUACUCCAUCACUACUACCAACGCCGCGACGCACCGCCUCACCAACCACGAACGCGACCACCUCCGCCGCCUAAAAUCAAGCACCUACAUACACCAACUCCAGCACCAGCUCCAACAACAACAACAUCAGCAACCAGCAAAGCUCGUCGACGACCAUUUCCGCGUGCGCUUCGCGGAAGAACUCCAGCGUGAAGAGAGAUUUCUGAACACCGUGAAUUCAUUACCGGAGGAGGAGCGGAGUGCGGUUCUGGAGGGGCAUAGCGGGCGUUCGAAAGCUCCGAGGAUUCCGAGGACGUCGUGGGUUGAGGUUCUUGGUGGUGGGGGUGCGGGUGUUGAGCGAGAUAUUGAUACUGAGAGGAUAAAGCAAGAGCGUCCCGAAGCCGCUACCAACGACAAUGAUGAUGGAUGGUCAUUUACAGGUGAAGAUGGCGGUGGAUGGGCGGCCGAUGAUGCACAGGAUCACUACAGUGAUACGCAGGUGGAUGCUGCUCCGUUCAAGUUUGAAGGGAUGUCCUACGCUUCAUCCUGGCGUGCGGCAUGUCGACUACAGGUUUCGGGGCAGUUGACGGUGUUGCUUCGUGCUGAGCAGUAUGGGUAUCGAGGGGAUGCGGAAAUAGUGGAUAGUACUUAG